ACAAAGCAUGGAAUUAGUAGCUUGAUAUCCUCACUAGCAUAUAUGUGUUUAUAAGCAUUGCUACAUUUGCAUAUCCAUAUUUGCUUGGAGGUUAUGCUAGAGCUUAUCCCAUGUCGCUCGACGAGUUUGAAACACCGUAUAGACCAAGGCGCCCACCGCCGAGACCGAAUAGGUCAGGUGAAGCUCCACAGCCUUGGACUACGGCUCGGUGUAGCCGCUUACUUCGGCCAUUGCUUUCGCGGAUAUCUUCCCUAAGAAAGGAUACUACAACAUCACUGCUGAACGUAAAGGACGACGAGCUUGAGCAAGAAACGAAAGUUGGCGAUGGUCAACGAAUCGACCAUGAGUGGUUGGGACCGCGUAAGAGAGUUCGUUUGACCUACUCUCAAAAACGGCCCUCCCGUCGUCAAGAUGAACAAUGUCCGCUUAGUAAAGGCAUUAAGGAGUCAGGCAUAGCUGGAUGCCUCCAUCGGAGUAAGGGGAAAGCCCUCAAUCCCGGCGAGAUAGUACCAGCCACGCCUUUAUUACGGCGAGCAAGAGGUCACGUCAUCCCGUCCUCUCCUGCGGUCCCCAGUAACCCCAGAGAGGAGCCUAGACAACUCACAGACGGGUGUAGGCGAGAUCCUCGUUUAAAAAAGGGCAUGAUCAAAAACAAAGACCACGAGCAACGUCUAGCUAGAAUUCGAUCUCAGUCGUCGUCUAGCAAGUACAAUGACCUGGAGGCAAUAUAUCGGAGUCUAGAAGCGCUUCUAACGGCAACACACCGCAACACCAGUCAAGGUCGUGGUCCGCGAUCAUUUCUCGACAUGUGUCUAAGAAAGGUGCCGCAGUAUAUCGAGGCACUCGAGGCGCAGGAGAGGAUGGACGCCGAGGAGAACGGUACGGUCUCUACGCUUCAUAACCCCGACACCUCGGCGGAUGUAUACAACUACCUAGAGGAGAUUGGCACCGAUCCGGCCCUUGGUUGGAAACACCUUAGAGUUGUGGUUCGGUCAGAUGGGCUCAAUGCGAUCAAGCAUGCGAUAUUAGACGGACUAUUCGGUGAUGACUUUUCGGAAUUACUCAUCGAUCUAUGCGUUCAAGCCGGCGCGUUGUCAGAGGCCGAAGAACUCGUCACAGCACUGAUCGAUCGCCAAUAUCCUUCGCCAACGACGUCGGAUAGUUCUUUUUCCGAGUUAGCGUCACUUCGACCACUUUCAGUAUUAUGGACAUUUGCAACAAAACAUGACCGCAUUCCGUUCCUCCUCCGCCAACACACACUGUUACUAUCUUACCAAUGCCUUCCGCAAGAUUGGCUUUCGACCCGAGAAUUCGAGCGCAUAUGGGCGGUAGCUGCCCGCCACCUGUCGAAAGUGGACGCAGCUGACGACGCCGUGGCUUUCAUGAGUCAUUCUAUCUCACUAUUAUGCCGACGCAAACGAGCUCUCGCCGGCGGACCCGACACAACCCGCCAAGAAAAAGACGUAGCCGCGGCGAAUAAGCAAACGUUGAUUAGUGCUUUAACAAUGCUAACCGCGAUGAGCUCUCUGGGCGAGAUAGAGCUUCAGUCGGCAAGGGUUUCAGAAGCUGAGAUUACAAAGAUAAGCCUCAUUGGUAACAGGCUUAGAUGCAUUUUAAGAUCGUGCAUGGCCGACCUAGAACUGUUAGAGUUGCCGAGGCCGGCGCGAUACGGUUUGGGAAAUGACCUGCUAUAUUUAGCAUUGUUCCUCUCGUCGAGCACCGCCCGCAGUGACGACAGCAUUAGCUCCCGUCUCAGACACAGCAUCGAACAGGCAUGGCGGGUGAAUAUUAUCCCAGCAGCCACACGAGGCAGCCGCACGAAACACCGUCUCGACGACAUCGCUUCGUUUGUGUCGUCAGUAGCCCGUAGCUGUGGCAGGGGGAUGUCAGUUGCGUCUCACAAGUGCCUGGAGACGCUCUUCUCCCAACUCGACGGCCUCGACCUCGACCGGGAGAUCCUAAGUAGUAUGAAGGCGGUCUCUGCGUUUGCGCUGGCGCAGCAGACCAACGACGUCAAGGACUUCAUCUACGCCGAGAAGCUAGCCUCUACUCAGCACACGACCGCCACAAAGACUGACGAGGACGAGGACGAGGCCCGCCCACGGAGGAGUCUGUUCUCCGGGUACCGGUGGGAGGAAACUAUAGGCGAGUGGGUGAUGGUCAGCCCUGAGAGACGACAACCCAGGGCGAGAACAAGGCAGUUUCGAUCUGCUUCCAGGAUGGAGGCAGGCUAUAGCGAAGAGGGCGCCAGUCAGGCCAGGGGGUCCAUAUUUGAUGAUGCAGAUAGCGUUCCAGAUCAGGGUGGUCGAAGCGCCCAGGGCCUUCAACUGGCACUCGGAAGCGAACGCGUCAACACUAAGAAACGUGCGUAUUCUUGCUCUGGGGCCGACAAGUCGCGAGCGGCAGUCGGGACUACCGGAGCGUGCCGAAGCAAGCAAUUAACGAAACCUGCGAUCUUAUCGCUAGAGGACGAUGAUGAGCUCAACUCUGAUAAGGAAAAUCAGAAUCACGCCACGACCAAGAAGCCAAGGAGGAGCAUAGAUAAAAGGACUGUGCUAAGUCUUAAACCGCGAUCUAGUUUAGCAAGCCCAGCAGCAAACAUCAGCAUGCUGGGUGACGAUUGCAGCGACGACGAGCUUUGCAUGUGAGGCCUCGUCGUCUAUCUUGAAGAGCGCCGCCAUAGGAUACUUUUUUCAAGUGGAUAGACAUGAUGUUGCGCUGUUGUGUGACCUAUCUUUGGAUACAUUGCGGCUCAGUGCAUGUGAAAUUCGGUACCGAAUAAUAUGUUAUAUUGUAUAUAGAUUAAUUCUUUAACGGAUGCGUAGGAUCGGAGGCGUUCAAGAACCGUUCCAGCGGGAUCUGGCGUUCCUGCACGGGCGAACCGGUA